AGACCGCGGCAGGCAUGUAACAUUCCACAGCAAAGGUUCUGAGACAUAUUCCUAAAUCGAUAUUUCUCUUUUCGAGGACUUGCAUAACCUCUGCAGUGCCUUGUUACAACUAGUUUCACAUUCAUCAUGGGUCCAAAGAGGAAAGAAUUGCUGAAGCCAGGCAAGCCAAAAGGGAAACUCAAGGCGCCGGAGCCUCAGACCGAAAAUGAUUUCCUCGAAGCUGCAGAUGAACAUGAACAGGCUGCGGGCAAGUGGAGAGCUGGUGAUGCAGCAAAAGCAACGCGGUUCUUCAACCGCGCCAUCGAUACGUACAAUGAGGGCCUGAAGAAGCAUCCACAGUCUUUCGACCUUGCGUACAACAAAGCAAACCUGGAGUACAGCCUCACAGAAGAUGAUAGGAUUUUACCACAUCUGGGCAGCAAGGUAGCAUUGCUAGAAGAGACACUCAACUCGCAUCGGCAUGCCAUCUCCCUUAACUCUACUAACACCGACAUUUUAUUCAACACAGCGCAAGUCUUGACAUCCCUAGCAGAGGUCGGGCUAGAGGACGGAACGCAAGAGGUUGCAAAUCUUCCUGCCAUGUCGUUGCUCGAAGAAGCUGUUGAUAUCUUCACUGGGUGUUUACAAAAGCAGCAGCAAGAGUAUGAUCAAAUGCAAGCCGAAAUAGCAAAGGCCCAGGCUUCAGGAGAGUAUCAGGAAGCAUGGGAGGGUGAUCGAGCCCAGCCCACUGAGGCGAAAGAACGAGAGGAAACGGAGUCUGACUCGGCAUCAGAAGGACCCGGAGAUUGGGCCACGGUCGAGGAGCCUGUCACACCCACAACGAUCCUUGAAACCUGUACGGCUCAACUAGGUGCUCUGAUAACGUUGCUCGGAUUGUACACGCCGGAAGAUCUACCGAGUAUCGAGAAGAAAGCCCAGGACGGCCUCUUGACCGCCACAGAGAUCAUUCCAGCUCUCAUCAGUAUCAUCGAUGCAUCACCAGACCCAGAAUCCGAAGACGAGCAAGAAGCGGGUCCCACAUUAUCUAUUGGCCAGUCCACAGCGACAGACGAAGCCUCGACAUCACCCAAGGAAGAUGCUUUGCUUGCUGCAGCGAACUUCCAAGCCAGUAUCGCUGAGGCUAUGUAUCGAAGCGGUAAGAGCACACCAAUGCAGUAUGCACAGAGGAUUGAGCAGACAUUCUCGAUCUUGAUCGCAAAAGCCCUACCAAACCUAGGCGUUGCGUACGUCAACGUCGCGUCAUCGUACGCAGACGCGCUCAUCGACCUUGCAUCCUCGAUAGCAGACAGGCUGCAGCACACCAUCGCAUCGUCUUCUACUAUGCCAGAUCUCGAGAUCCAGUGGACCGCGCUCUCGCAAGCUCAGAAGACGCUCACUGAGCUUACAUCACCACCGCUGGUUUCCAUGCUUUCUGCGUCUCGUCUGGCAGACAUCUUCCUAGCCCGCGGCGACAUCGACCUGUUCCGUUUUCGUAUUGCAGUCACACCAGACGUAAAGCCGGCGUGGACAAACAGUCAGGGCGUUGUUGUUGCCAACGCAGGCGUUUAUUACCGCGGAGCUAGAAGUUAUGCGCAGAAUGCGGGUAACGCGCAGACACGCGCUGUAGCAGACGCUAAGGCGAUUGUAGCGGAGAUUAUGAAGGGGAUGCCGAGUACGUUCGACGAAAGGCCAAUGCAUUGGAGAGGGCGGAGUGCAGACGUGGCGGCUGUGCUUGGGCAGAUGAUAGAGGAAGGGAUUGUUGGGAAGGAAAACGCAGAGGGCCUGCUCGCCUUCACCGAGUAAUAGUAAGCUGUAAAGCCGCUGU